AUGUGGAGGCCAACCACCUGGUGGCGGGGGAGCGGUACGCGGGGCUGUUGGGUCUCGCGGGGGGUGGAGCGCUGGCGCAACUGCACACUGCCCGCGCUCGUGACGUACGCGCGCGGUGACGCGCACGCACUCGCUGUAGCCUUUGUACGCCACGCCGCCCGCCUACCCUACACGCUGUUGCUCUACAAUGUCGGCCUCAAACCAUAUUCGCUCUCUGUGGUGUCAAACUAUUGCAACUCGUCGAAGUGCGCCAUAAUAGACUUCGAUUUAAGCGUGUUCCCCUCUCAUGUCAGCGACGAGAGCAUCUACGCGUUUCGACCCCUCAUCAUACAGCACGCGCUGAGCCGCGUGGGCGGGGUGGUGUUCAGCGAGAGCGCGCAGCUGUGGGCGGGCACGCGCGCACAGCUGCACGCGCUGUGGCAGCGGGCGGCGGGCGGCGUUGGUAGCGGUGGCAGCGGCGUGUUGGCGUGGCCGCGCCGCGCCGCCGUCACCUCGCUCACGCACCCGCGCAUGUUCGCGUACCUGCGCGCCAGCCCCGACGACUUCCUCUUCGUGCAGAUGCUGGACGUGGAGCGGCUCAUCCUCGCAGCGCCCGCCGCCGACGAGAUCAUGCGCCCCUGGGUGCAGUGCGCACUCACGCUUGACUGCAUCAUGCCGAUCGGCGCGCAAUCCGUGGGAUGUCGGUUCGACAAGAAACCGCAGUACAGGUACUCGGGUUGCCACGCCCAGGACGCGUCGGCGCUGAGCAUAGUUCUAGGGCUGCGCUGGGGCUUCGACGAGGCGCGCUACGUGGAGCGAGCGCCGCUGUGGCGCCGCCAAACCGCUGAGGCCGCGCGCGAAGCUCUAGAUGAACUUCAGCGCAACAGUACUGAGGAGGAGCACCGCGCUGACGCGAUUGCAGACACGCCACGCCCUUGCCCGACACCAACACUAAAUGAUCACUAA